CUGGCAGACAUUUAAAAAGGAGACAGGCCGGCGCUGCUGCAUUUGUACCACGAUCCAGACUUCUCUCUUCCUAUGGACUUGCUGACAGGGCUUGGGUCUCAGCAAAAUACAGCAGGCUUAGUUUGUGUUUUGGGAAAGGAGGACGGUCAGUAGGAGAAACGAACCUUACUUCGGCCAUCUGUGUGAGCAAAGAGGAGAGAACAGGAUGGUAACGGUAACCCCCCGCUGGGCCCUGAUGACCCUUCUCUUUGGGCUGCUUGUGAUUUCGGCCGAGGCCAAGAAGAACAGAGGAGGUUCUCACGGUGCCAUCCCGUCCCCGUCCAAAAACCAGCCCAACGAGUCGGAGCAGCAGUCACCCCAAGCUCAGCCGGCGGGCUCGGGGUCCCGCGACCGAGGGAGGGGCACUGCCGUGCCCAACGAAGAAGUGCUUGAGUCCAGCCAGGAGGCCCUGCACGUCACAGAGCGCAAGUACCUGAAGAGGGACUGGUGCAAAACACAGCCGCUGAAGCAAACCAUCCACGAAGAAGGCUGCCAUAGCCGCACCAUCAUCAAUCGCUUCUGCUACGGUCAGUGCAACUCGUUCUACAUCCCCAGGCACGUCCGCCGGGACGAGGGGUCUUUUCAGUCAUGCUCCUUCUGCAAGCCCCAGAAGUUCACUUCGAUGACUGUGACGCUCAACUGCCCGGAUUUGCAGCCGUCCACCAAACGGAAGAGGGUCCAGCGGGUCAAGCAGUGCCGCUGCAUCUCCAUCGAUCUCGACUGACAGCCCGCGUAGACUUCACGCCGACACCUGCCAACCCAACCCUCCUUGCUGCUCUGCUCUUUGUCACCUCAUGUUGGACUGCUCGACACUUUGUUAUAUACGUGACUAAAAUGUUACUCUAUAACAACAAAGCAAAAGGAAGAAUUCCACGAACUGAAUAGGAACCAUGAGAAGAGCAUCAAAAUAAUAACAAAAAAGCGACAGAAAUAAUCAGCUUCUGGCAACCUGGGGACCAAUGCCCGGCCGACGGCCCACCUUUUUUUUAAAAUAACGGCGGUCCUUUUCGCGACGGGGAACAAAAAUCGGACUACUUUCCACUAUGUGGAAUGUGAAUAGUGACACGGAGAAAGAGUCAGAGACACAGAGAGAGAGACAGACAGAAAGAGAAAGAGAGAGAGAGAAUAUUAUUUAAUGUGAUUUAAGCCACACGUCUGCUAUGUCCUUCAUGUAAAUGCUGUCUUUCUAAGUUUAUUUGUAUUUCUGCUGUUCCAUUUCAGUAAUAUGGGGUUGAACAGGAGGAGGACACUUCUUGGAACUGCACACUUUUCCAAAAGGGAAUACGAACUUGGCAGUUCCAGUAUAUUCACUUUUUUGUUUCCAAUAUUUCAGUCUGGACAGCCUUUCAAUUCGUCAUGCUUUUGCAAGCAAUUCAGGAGAGCGCUUAUUUACAGCAGAUACGGACGAAAAGUAUGUAAUGUAAUUUAACGCAUGGAAUAAGAAAAUGUAUAUUUUAUUCGUGUAAAUUUAAGGUGAAUAUUGGUACAUAGAUGCUUGUAAAAGUAGUAAUAAUAAACCUAUGUUUUCAGAAUCA